UUGGCUAAGGCUUCCUUAUCUUCGCCACAUUCCCACGAUGCACUGCGGUCCUCCACAUUUGGAUCUCUUGCUCAGAGUGUCAAGCCCAAGAUGGCGCUUCAUCGGUUGUUCCAGCUGUCCUCCCUGCUGCGCUCUGCCGUGAGCCUGACUCUGCGCAGGAACAUCGGCCUCUCCGCCGUGGUGUUCAACAAGGCCAAGGAGCUGGACCCGGUCCAGAAGCUGUUCCUGGAUAAGAUCCGCGACUACAACAGCAAGAGCAAGGCCGCUGGUGGCAUUGUGGAAGCAGGUCCCGCCUACCAGAAGAACAUGUCUGAGGAAGUGACCAAACUCCAGAGGCUGUUCGGCGGGGGAGACUUCACCAAGUUCCCGGAAUUUAAAUUCACAGAGCCGAAGCUGGAGGAAACAGCCAAGUGAAUGAUGUCCACGUUGUAUAUGUCCCUCAUGUCACAAAUGUGUUAUAUUUAAUAAAAAGAAAGUGGAUCCAACUAAACACUGUGCAUAAGAUUGCUUUGAUGGUCUGCGCGUUGGGAUUUACGUAUCCAAUUAUAUUAAUUUUUUCUUAAACUGAUACCCGAUGCACUGUGUACAAAAAAAGGAGAAAAUUCCAGGGCUCGAAAGCUUCACUUUCCACAAGCACGAGGAGGGGUCUGAGGGAAGUGACCCGAGUGGCGACGCGGAGGAGGUCAGCUCAGGGGUGUGGGGAAGUUGUGACCUUCGAGGUGUAAUGGAGGAGUUGAAUGUUUGCUGUUUGGAUGUUCUGGGGGGUGUUUACUGAAUUUGGUAUGAACUUUGUCAUCUAGUACUUCAGCUCACCUUUGGAACGGAUCGAGCAGAUCCAAACCACGAUGUGGGUAAGGUUUGGCUGUAAACAACUAACUGAGCUACUGGAUUGGACCGCAACUCAGUAAAUUAAACUUGGGCAGCAUUUUGAAUCUAAAGUAUUACACAUGCAACUUCUCGUGUUUAAGAAUAUUCUCCGAUUAAGGUUGCGUGUGCGAUGAACAACUUAAAUGUGAGUAUUUCAACUCUUGCUAUUUGGGACAUUGAGGUCUAAUGCUUGCCGAUUGUCUUUGUGUAUUGUUUAAAUUGAAAUCAGAAUUUGGGGCUGAAGUGAAUGUCAAAGCACAGAAUGUAUUUUUAUUCUCUGUAGUCCAGUAUUGGAGCUCUGGAUGUAUUUUUAGAUGUGAAAGAGUGAAUUGGGAAGCUGAAGCGGCUUUUCGAAGCCUCGAAUUAGACUCAAAAUGUAUAAAAAGCCUAGAUUGUGUUGCUGCGUCUUUGUGAAAUUCCCUGAAUUAGCUAGCUGAAUCCUGGCUGACCUAGAUAGAAACUGGCUGCCACUCUGAAUUAGUCUUGAGAGUGACAUUGUGACAAGGUCAGAGAUGCAUUUGGGCCUCUCCAGGAUGAGUAUUUGAAACUCAGAAUAGCACAGCAAAGAGUCAUUUUUCCAUGUGAACAGAUGCUGGAAAUGUUCAGAUUGUGCAGCCAUGCCGUUAAAACCUGAUGUCAGGACGUGGUCCAGAUUGGAUCCGCCUCAUCAGCGGCCGCCUAAAGGCCUAAAGGCGCGGGUCAGAGGAGUGGGACAUCCCUCUGCAGGUUUUAAAUUGGAAUUGGAAACGAAGGAGCGUACCAGUAAAAACAAACGGGUGACUACUUUGAGUGUGAUUUGUUGUGGCGUCUGAGUGUGUGAACCUCCUCUGUGUUGGACGCUGGAGCUGAAGGAGUCACCGGCCCGGGACGUGAAUA